AUGCUCACCUCAACCAUCCCCGGAAACACAAACGCCCACUCUCUUCCUCUCCCCAGUCAAAGCCUCUCCAAUACACCCCCAGAGAACCAAUGCAACAGAAUGAUCACCUUCCUCGACCUCCCCCUCCCCAUCCGGGAGCAAAUCUACCGCCACGUCCUCGUGAUGGCGCGCAUCUUCGUCCGCCCCUUCAUCUCAAUGGAUUAUCUCUUCGACGCCAAUCGCGUCGACACCUACGGCAUCCCCACGCUCUCCCUGCUCUCCGUCUGCAAGCAAAUCCAUCAAGAAGCCACCCCCAUCUACCUCCGCGAAAACACGUUCUCCAUCGUGCACAUCGACCUCCUUGCCGGCGCAUGCCGGGACUCGCCACGCAUCGCCCAGAACUUGAAGUCCAUACGCCAUAUCGAACUCAUCUUCGACUGCCGCGAUUACAUCUACCUCGCGCAGUUCGUGGCCGACCAACUCCCCACCGUCUCUGUGGCCAUCGACGCCCUGUCCCCGAGCUACCAGAAAGUGACGGUCCUUCGCGCCCUGGACGCCAUGCAUCUCGACUUUCCUUCGGCGGAGGGGCUCCUCCAGUGUUCGCCGCGCGCCAGCAGUACCCCAUUUUCGAUCGAAAUGGACAUGGAAAGCACCGCGUCAGCGACGGCGUCGGCGUUACAUGAUCGCCACAUCGAGAACAUGAAGGAGUACCUAUGGGGCCGGACACUGACGUUUGUGCGGAAGACGUUCCGUCUGGCCUUACUGCAGGUCGAUCUACGACAUUGUACGUGCGUCGACGGAUGCUGUCGUCUAGCGGAAGAGGUGCUGCGCUGGGGCUGGUUUCAUGUCUGGGUGAAGGGUAUGCCGGCGCAGGUGCUGGUACGGGGAGCUUCUCGGGGUGAGAAGGGGGUUAUUGCGAAGAUCUUCGACCGGCAGAGGUUUCAUGCUGGGUUGCGGGGGGAGGAGGUUUAUGAUGGAGGGAGGGUUCUGGAUGGAAGGGAUUUGGAUGGGUAUGCGAGUGUGAUGAAGGGGGUUUAUGAGAGGGUGAAGGGUGAAGAUGGGUUGUGA